AUGACCAAAAAAAGAAGUUUGUUAACGCGUCGUACUCGUACACUACAUUCUCUUUUAUCCAUCGACGCUUCUUAUGAUGGACAGGGCAUUCAGACAGUUCACUCUUUAUCACACUUAAAUUCAGCUGAAUCCAUCGACCAAAUACACAAUCGUAAUCGAUUAAAUAGGUCAUCAAGUCUGGAUACUGAAGAACGUAUUUCACGACUUGAACGGGGAAUGUCAUCAAUUCAAGAACAAAUGUCCACUGGGUUCGGGCAAAUAACGAGAAUGCUGGAGCGUUCUCUGAAUUCACAAGAACGUUCACGACAAAAUUGA